GGGGUGAGAAGGCGGGACUUCCGGCGGCGCAGGUUGGAGUAGAGUGACAGACUUCACGUCCAUAAAAGUGGAAGAUAAAGCGAAGGACGACGCGCCAGAGGUUUUAACACAAUUGUAAUGAUUUUCAGACAUGGACGACAUAAACCUUCACUAUCGCUUUCUGAACUGGAGGAGGCGAAUCCGAGAAAUCCGUGAUGUGCGAGCAGUGCGAUAUCGCGAGCGGCUCAAGAGGAUGCUGAGAGACGGAGACGUACUCAGGUAUCAUGGGAAUUCAGAUGAAGUUGGCUGUUUCGUGGCGGGCCGGCCGUUGUCAAGAAGGAAUCGCUAUUUUGAAGUGACAAUCAUGGAUACAGGAGUGAGGGGCACGAUCGCUGUGGGUUUGGUGCCUCAGCUCUACAAACUGGACCAUCAGCCGGGCUGGCUCCCUCAUUCCGUGGCUUUCCAUGCUGAUGAUGGCAAGCUGUACAAUGGCAACACUGUGGGGCAGCAGUUUGGUCCAAAGGGCUGCAGAGGUGACAGAAUCGGCUGUGGAAUAUCCAUGGACUCCGAUGAUGGACAACUGACUGUGUUUUUUACCAAGAAUGGUAAAGAAGUCGGCAGUGUGGAAAUCCCAGCAUCGCCCGAAGCACUGUACCCCGCUGUGGGAAUGCACUCUUUGGGUGAGGAGGUGCUGCUGGACCUGAAUGCUGAGUGGGGGAUGGAGGAGGAUGACGGACAGAUGAUUGUAGACAGUCAUGAAGAGGACUGGGGCCGUCUCCAUGAUGUCAAGGUGACCGGCACGCUGCUGGAGUACGUGGGGAAGGGGAAGAGCAUUGUGGACGUGGGCUUGGCCCAGGCACGUCGGCCUCUCAACACACGCUUCCACUACUAUGAGCUGGAGAUCACAGAUGACGGAGAGAAGUGUUACAUCGCCCUGGGUCUGGCACGCAGGGACUACCCUAAGAACAGACAUCCAGGUUGGAGCAGAGGGUCUAUAGCUUACCAUGCAGAUGAUGGAAAGUUGUUCCAGGGCAGCGGGGUUGGGGAUGCGUUUGGACCGCGCUGCUUUGAAGGGGAUAUUAUGGGCUGUGGGAUCAUGUUUCCACGUGACUUCAACCCUGGUUUGGGAGAUGACACAGAGGACUGGGACUUCGAUGUGGUUCCCAAACCCUGCGAGGUGCAGAAUGACUUGUAUGCAAACAAUGAAGAUCAAGAGGAGGAGGGGGAGGACGAGGACGAGGGAGAGGAUUUGGAAGGGAGGAAGGUCACAGUGUUCUUCACCAGGAAUGGAAAGGUGGUGGGCCGGAGAGAAGUGGCCUUGCCGUUUGGAGGCUUCUACCCGACGAUUGGCAUGAUGAGCACUGGGGAGAAGGUCAAAGUGGACCUGCACCCCCUCAGUGGCUGAGCCAAUGGGGCAAAUGAAAACGGUGAAGUGGUGAAAUCAGAGCUCAGGUACAUUUUGGAGAACGAACAAUAAAUGAUACCUCCGCAUCCGCAAAGGCUCCAAGAUGUUACUUGAAAACUCACUCCAGUGGUGAAGGUCACUGUGCCUCCCUGGUGCUGUAAGGAUUAUUUAACAUGCUGGUAGAUUGUUUUUAAAUCAGGAAUUAUCCAAAAUAAUGUAUGUUAAAAUGACAUGUGCCUAAAAAUCGUUUGAUAAAAUUGUUUCGUUGUAGGUUUUAAAGGGUAAAACACUAUUUUUGACUAAUUAAAUCUCUAAUAAAAUGCCAAAAAGGGUCUCGCCAGAGUAUUGAAUGUAAAAAUCCAAACAGGGCAGGCUCCAGUUCACAAAUCAACCCCAUCUGUCCUCAUGAAAGAAGCAUUGUCAGCAUUAGUGAGCGUCAGCAGACACGUAGCCCCACAGACACACACUCUGCAGCCGGACUGUGCUGAUUACCAGAGCUCUGAUGGGUUUCUUCCCAGUGACGGUGUAUUACUGACACUCAGUGGUGAGAAAAAUCCUGUUCUUCCAAAGAAACAGUUGUGCACUGAACCAACAGCGAGUUCACGCUCUGUAAAACUAGCUGCUUGAUCGCUGACGUCCUGUAUGAGUGUGGGCGGAGUUACUGCUGCAUAUUUAUCAGCAAGUCACAUGUAUUGAGCGCUGUGGGAUAAUUAAGUUCAAUGACAAUUUGUUGAAACUAAAUCCAAAUUAUAAUUAUGACCUUAUAAUUGAAGGUUGAUAUUAAAUAUCAGUUUUGUUUCUAACUCAAGGUUGGUUUGAUGAUCAUGACUGGGUCACUUUGAUCGGGUACAACUUUAGUGUCUAUUUGUACUGUUACAGUCAUCAUUGAUAAACAUACAGGUAAUAUUUGUCAACUGCACCUUAAAGAUGAUAAAUCAAAACCAAAACCCUGUCAAAAAAAUAAACACUUCUAAAGUUCUACAUGAUUUUUGAAUUUGAAAAUUCUUAUUUAACCUAAACCCAAACAAAAUAAACUAAUAACUAGGGCUGGACAAUAUUGCCAAACUAAAAAAGAUAAUACCAGUUAUGGUGUUAGACUUCCUCACCGUGCUCGGACAAUGCACACACAUAUUGAACCUUUGUUGCUGUUUGUUUUGCUUUUGCUGAAAAAUAUAGUGCGCUAAUUGAUAGUGUUAUUACCCAGCCCUACAAAUAAUACCUCAAAUUCAAUCAAUCAAAGUGAUGCUGCUUUUUCUUCAUGCAAGGCUCAUAUCUUUUUGAGGUUUGGAGCCUUUUUCAAAUUGAACCCCACAAAAAAGACACUUUGUGGAUGUCUAUGGUAUUAGAUGUGUUGUCUGUGGAUCAUUCGUGUAUUUUUGAGGAAAUAGAUACCAACUGUCACAAAAAGGGAGAAUCAUCAGGACAAGAACAAUUAAUGACCAGACGUGCUAUAGUUAAAAAUGUGUGAGUAGUUAGAAUAUUCAAUCAAAGUUCUGAAUGUUGAAAAUGAAGCCUUAACUACGAUUUGCUGCUCUUGAUAUUAGAAACAGAACCAAUGAUCGUGUCUUUUCUAAGAUCAUGUUGUGAUUAAGUUGUUUUAGCCAUUGUUUGUAAAAAAAACUGUUAUUUACCUGUAAAGCUUUUUUUUACGAUUUUAGGAGUUUCUGUUUUCCCCACAACAUGUUUGUGUCAAUCGUAAACAAUGGCAAAUUUAAAUGAAUAACAAAAGCUUUUGUUGUGUGAUGCCAAAUUUAAAUGAAUAAAAAAAGCUUUUGUUGUGUGAUGCCAAAUUUUGCACACAAUGCUGCUUUGGCACGACAGCUGUGACUUAAAUUUUUUACUGUGAUACUGUUUAUUAAUGUUUCAGUUUCUUUUAGAUCUGCAGAAACGGUUAUUACUGUGCACGUCAUCAAGAUACUAAGGGCACUUUACAGUAGAUUUCGGUUUUGUUGAACUUCAAAUGUCAAAAAAUCUAUCAGAAGACCUGUGUGAAAGAGUGCGGAUCCUUUAUUAAAUGAAACCCUUGCAGUAGGAUCCAGGAAGGUGAUGGAGGUACCAGUUCGACAUGUCCAUAAACUGCUGAUCACUAAGAAGGUCUAAAAAACUACUUCUGGGCUCCAAUAUUCAUUUGAAUAAUGUGGAUUGAAAUGUAGCAAAAAGCUUCUGUUCUUCCACGUUUCAUCAUUUGGCUGAUCACACUGUGUGUUAAUCAUCAGGUGGUUCACAGGAGCAAAUAAUGGUCCUCUGCUGCUGAUGUCUGAGACAUGUUUAUGUAUAUAUGCUUUAAUUUGCUGAAAUCAACCUUCAAUCAAGUUAAAUAUGAUCAUGGUAUUUUUAGUACCUUCCCAUCCUGCCUGUGCAUCCACUCUGUUCCUCUUCUAUGGUUUUGAAUCCUGUUGACUUUCCUCUCAUCCAUUCUCUCUUUACACUUGAAGCAAUGACAGAUAUGCCAAAAAUAAUUAAAAGAAUUUUCACAUUCUGCA